CGAGCUGAGGCUUGGGGACCCAGCUAGGGGAGGGGUGGAUGGGGACAGUACCCCGGUGAAGCUGCCGGUGACUGGGUGGUUGUCGUUAUGUGUCAGUGUGUGUGUGGCAUCAGGGGUGUGCGUGUGGUGGCUGUGUGACUGUGACUCCCGUGGCUGUCUUUGUGUGAUUGUCGCCGUGGGUAUCACUCUGAUGGUGACUGUGUGGUGGUCGUGUCGCUGUGGCCGCCUUUGAGUGGCCCUGUGACUGCUCUCUCAGUGAUUGUGUGUCUGUCUCAGUGUCUGUGUGGUUGUAUGCAUGUGACUGUCAUUGUGUGGCUGUUGUGUGUUUUUUCUGAUGGUGUGUGGGGGCCCAUUAUUCUGUGACUGAUCGUGUGCCUUUCUUAUGUGUCUGUGUGCAAGUCUAUGCCACAGUCCAUGUAUGUGCCCUUGUGUGGCCAUGUGGAUGUGGUUGUGGAUGGCAGGGCUCUUCUGUGACUGUCAAGGUGGACCCCAGACUUAAUAUGUGUCAUUCUGUGCCUUGUAAUUGGGGGCGUGACGCUGUGACCAGUUCUGUGACCCCCCCCCCCGCCACUGUGUGUGUGGUGACUUUUUUUUUUAUGUGACUUUUAAGUGUAUUGGCAGCUUUGAGUCUCUGUCCCUGAUGGGGGUGGAGUGGGGCUGUAUGUAGGGCCAUGAGGUGUGUGAAGGACCUCCUGUUGUGUCCCAGUGACUGUGUGUGUUGGGGGCAGGGGAUUUGUUUGAUCUGCGUGGGUGUCUGUUACAGGCCGUGUUCACACCAUGCUGUGUGAGUGUGCAGUUGUGUGUAGUGGGUGUUGGGCACCUGUCUGAAUGAGCGAGCCCAUCUUGUUCAUCACAAGGCUGACACCCAGUGCAUUGCUUGGAACCCAGCAGGUCCUUCAUCCUUGUUGGUGGGAUGAACGAAUGCUGUUUGAUUGGAUAUGUGUGUGUGUGUGUGUGUGUGUGUGUGUGUGUGUUGGGGAAGGUGGUUGGGAUGGAAGCUCUGGCUGAGUUGUGUACUCUGGAAAGGGUGCCGAUGUGUGUCUGUAUCUCUGUGAGAGUGAGGGGGCCAUGGCUGGGUAGGCAUCUUGGGCAUCUGGGAUCUCUGGUAUGACCCUCACCCCACGUGUAACGUUGCAGAGCAAGUGACGUGGAUGGGGCACUGGACCCAGAGUGCCUACCCCCGCCUGUCUGGGCCUCAGUUUCCUCAUCUGGGCAAUGGGGGUGACCAUCCCUGCCCUGCUGGCUGCCAGGAGCGGCUGUGAGUCUGUGGGCGUGGCAGCAGCCUGCGGGAAGCCAUAGGGCCAUUCACAGGCCCAGCCAUCACCAUGGCGGGAGGGAGACCUCAGCUGAAGAGGAGUUUUUCCAUCAUCCCCUGCUUUGUCUUCGUGGAGUCGGUACUGCUGGGCAUCGUGGUCCUGCUUGCCUACCGCCUGGAGUUCACAGACACGUUCCCUGUGCACACCCAGGGCUUCUUCUGCUAUGAUAGUACCUAUGCCAAGCCCUACCCAGGGCCUGAGGCUACCAGCAGAGCACCCCCAGCCCUCAUCUACGCCCUGGUCACCGCUGGGCCCACCCUCACGAUCCUGCUUGGGGAGCUGGCGCGUGCCUUUUUCCCUGCACCGCCCUCAGCCAUCCCCAUCAUUGGAGAGAGCACCAUCGUGUCCGGGGCCUGCUGCCGCUUCAGCCCCCCGCUGCGGAGGCUGGUCCGCUUCCUGGGGGUCUACUCUUUCGGCCUCUUCACCACGACCAUCUUCGCUAACGCGGGGCAGGUGGUGACCGGUAAUCCCACGCCUCACUUCCUGUCCGUGUGCCGCCCCAACUACACGGCCCUGGGCUGCCCGCCACCCUCACCGGACCGGCCAGGGCCCGACCGUUUCGUCACUGACCAGGGUGCCUGCGCCGGCAGUCCCAGCCUGGUGGCUGCUGCGCGCCGCGCCUUCCCCUGCAAGGACGCUGCCCUUUGCGCCUAUGCCGUCACCUACACAGCGAUGUACGUGACACUCGUUUUCCGCGUGAAGGGCUCUCGCCUGGUCAAACCCUCACUCUGCCUGGCCCUGCUGUGCCCUGCUUUCCUGGUGGGCGUGGUCCGUGUGGCGGAGUACCGCAACCACUGGUCGGACGUGCUGGCUGGCUUCCUGACAGGGGCAGCGAUUGCCACCUUUCUGGUCACCUGUGUCGUGCACAACUUCCAGAGCCGGCCACCCUCUGGCCGAAGGCUCUCCCCUUGGGAGGACCUGAGCCAAGCCCCCACCAUGGACAGCCCCCUCGAAAAGUUAAGUGUGGCCCAGGAACCCGAGGGCUGCAGGCCGCAUUCGACACCGGCACGGCUCACCCCAUCCAAGCCGCAGAACUGCGCCCGCCGUGGCCACCUGAUCCCCAACUGCGUGUCCUCCAGGGCUCCAGCCAUGUGUUCAUCGCCCCGUGUUCCCCGCCCUCGAUUGAGGUCUGAGCCGACGCCCCUGCCUCUGCCUCUGCCCCUGCCGGCACCAGCUCCCAGCCAGGGCCCCUCACCCUCUUCACCUGGGCCUGGGGGGCCGGGCGGGGGUGGUGGCCGUGGCCGGAAGCUGCUGCUGCCCACACCCCUGCUGCGGGACCUAUACACCCUUAGCGGACUCUAUCCCUCCCCCUUCCACCGGGACAACUUCAGCCCUUACCUGUUUGCCAGCCGCGACCACCUGCUGUGAGGCCUGACACCCACCCAGAAUCUGCCCAGUCCCCAUUUCUUCCCUGCCACGCGUGUGUGUGCGUGUGCUGUGUGAGUGCCAAAGCCCUUGUCCCUAGGCCAGCCAGGCCCAUACAUCAGAGGAUGGCUGGAAGGACAUCGAGGGGACCCCGUGUCUCUUCCCCUCUGGGACUUCCAAGUGGGCAUAAUUGGGAGGUGGAUCCUUGCCUCCUAGGAUUGCCCUUUUAAGGGCCAAAGCCUGAUCCCAUUGGCCAUUGCCCAGCCAAUGGGAGCUUCCCAGUUCUCAGAAUUCUAUCCAAAAGGAGUUUACUCCAGCCAAUAGGAGAAUCCCCAUCGUUUCUUAGACACCUCAGGCAAGAGGGCAACUCUAGCCAGUGUUCAGCCUCUGAACAACAAAUAGGAGUCCUUGGUUCUCAGAAUCUCAAGGUGGGUGGGUAUGAUUCCAGUCAAUGGGGGACCGCCCAUGUCUAAGCAUGUGCAAAGGAGAGAGUGCUCUCUCAGAAUCAGAGUCCAGCUGGAGGGUGGGGGGCAGGCUCCCCCAUGGCAGGGUCCUUUGGGUACCCCUCCCUCUCCCAUGUGCAAUCUCUCACCCAGUCUCUCUUAACUCCCAACUUGUGCAGGGCUUGCCCCAUUUCAGAGGUUUUGGGGUUCAGGGUGCUGCAUUCCCCCUUGCCUGUGCCCGAUCACUUCAAACCCUUCUGUUAUUUAUUAGGGCUGUGGGAAGGGAGUUUUUUUUUCCUUAGAACCACCCCUGUUCUUCACACUGCCCACCCCCCAUGCCUCAGCCUCAUACAGAUGUGCCAUCAUAGAGGCAUGGGUGGAGCAAAGAGGGCUCUCCACCCCCGGCAGCCAAAGGCAGUGGGCAGGGGAGACACUGCCCCCCUUUCACACCCCCUCCUCAUCUUUAAUAAAGACCUGUUUGUAACAGA